GUGGCUCAGCUCCCCCAGUGGCUGAGACCCGGGAUUCUCACCUGGGUCCCCUCUCCCCUGCAGGGUCCCCGUAAAUGGCCCCAGUUUCACCUGGGAGAAGAGGACGACGAGAGUGGAGCCCUCGUCCCAGACAAACUUGGCUUCCUGUGUAAGCAGAAGCCGCCCAGGCAUGGAUGCCUGGCAGUGCAAUGGCGUAAACAUCAGAGGGCCGCCGACUGCAAAAAUGGAACAAGAUGCUGCGAAAUUUCACCAAGUACCGCAGCAGUGAGAAGUUCCACCGGAGAAUUGAGAAAGGCAUCCCUGCCCAGGUGCGUGGCAAGGUGUGGGCCAUGAUGCUCUCCGUGGAUACCAGGAAGGCCCAGAACCCUGGCAAAUUCGAGGAGAUGAAGGAACGGGCCAGGUUGUGCUCAGAUCAAGUCCAACAGAUCGAUGAAGAUGUAGCAUGCACGUUCAGAAGUCACAUCAUGUUUCGAGAGCGAUACGGAGCCAAGUGAGGCCUCUGGGCUGGAGGGGCCCUGGGGGAGGGAGGUGCAAGGGUCCUGGGACACAUGGGGUCCUAGGAGAG